AUGAAGAAGCUGUUGUGGGUCUUUUGUCUGAACAUUUUUUGUCUCCAUGGUUGUCAGAGCAGUGAGGUGAAUGGAAGAGAGGACUUCAUACUUCUUGCAGGGCCUCUGACAAAGCAGGUGGUCAGAAGCUCAGACAGAAGCAUAAAUGAUGCCUUUGACUGCAGUCAUCCCGUUCCUCCUGGCUCUAAGCAGUACUUUGAGUACCUGCAGAGCAGAGGGGUGACCCACUUCAAAGUACCGCUGUCAUGGGCUCAACUUCUUCCAACAGGCCACCCCAGCCAGCCCCAGCAGGCUGUGGUUAGAUGUUACCAGACCCUGCUGAAACAGCUGCUGGAAGCAGGUCUUCAGCCUCUGGUCAUCCUUCAUGGAUGGACAGUUCCAGAGUCUCUGCAAUCAAGGUAUGGAGGCUGGGAGAGCCAGGAGCUGGCACAGAUGUUUCAGCAGUAUGCAGAGUUUGCCUUCCAAGAGUUUGCACCACUUGCACACUCAUGGGUGACACUGGAUGGUGUUUGGCAUGACGGGCAGCCUGCACAUGCUCCCAGUUUUCUGCAGAACAUCCUUCAACUCAACAAGAACAUUUACCAGAUGUACCAUCAGCACUUUACUGACAAAGGCAGACGUCUGUCACUUGGACUAAAAACUAAAGAUGUGGCUUCUCUCUCCGACAUUAAAGCUUCAACAAGUAUGGACUUCUUGUCAGUGCACAUUGACUACAACUGUGCCAUCUCUUCAGAGUUUGAAAAUGAACUGAGGAACUUACAGAUUUUGAGCAGGAACUUGCCUAUCCUGAUUUACAAGAUGAGCGCUCAUGAUUGUUCUCCCAAUGAUUACCAGCUUCUUGGAGAUUUCCUAAAUGUCUUGAUGGACAAUGGCCUGAAUAUUGUGGGAUGUGACAUGAAGGACAUGUUAGGCAAGCUGGACACGGAAGAUGCUCUUGUCAAUCAUGGCAUUUCACACCACACAAAGAUGACAGGGUUAAGAAACAGUUAUCAGAGUGUGUGGGAUAAAUUUAAGUCCCAGACCACAGCAGAACGAGAUCUUUUCCUUCAGAAAUCAUUCCCCUCUGGCUUCCAGUGGGCCACCUCCAGCGUAUCCUUUAAGACUGAAGGUGGCUGGUCAGAAGGCGGGAAAGGAGAGACUAUUUGGGACCGGUUUGGUCAUGAGGGCUUGGCCUUUGCAAAUCAGACAGCUGACCUAGCUUGCGACAGUUACCGUAAGGUAGAUUAUGAUGUCUACCUUCUUCGACGUUUAGCUGCUUUACCACCCUCAGAAGUUCCAUCUCAGGCAAAGGUAGUUUGGGAGAAAUUCUCUUCACAGUCAAAUUUUCAUAGAAAAUUUUACCAUUAUGGCACUUUUCCUGAGGGCUUCAGUUGGGGAAUUUCUUCUUCGGCCUACCAAAUUGAAGGUGGCUGGAAUGCUGAUGGCAAAGGUCCUAGUAUAUGGGAUACAUUCACGCAGACAACUGACACUAUUCCUGAUAAAGCAAACGGCAAUGUAGCCUGUGACAGUUACAACAGACUUAAUGAAGAUCUCUACAUGCUGCGGGCUCUGAGGGUGAAGUCAUACAGAUUCUCUUUGUCCUGGUCCAGGAUCUUUCCUGAUGGCACACGUAAGUCCCUCAACCAGAAAGGUGUUGACUACUACAACAGACUCAUUGAUGGUCUUAUAGCGUACAAUAUCAAACCCAUGGUAACACUGUACCACUGGGACCUUCCUGAAGCUUUGCAAAAGGUCAAUGGCUGGGAAAGUGCAGAGAUGAUUGACAUUUUUAAUGACUAUUGCGACUUCUGCUUUGCUACUUUCGGUGACAGAGUGAAAUUCUGGAUAACCCUUAACCAGCCUCAGACAAUUGCAUGGUCUGGAUAUGGACUUGGAAAUAUGCCACCAAAUGUUGUGGACCCAGGAUAUAGACCAUACAUAGUUGCACACAACCUCAUUAAAGCCCAUGCCAAGGCCUACCAUACAUAUGACGACAAAUAUCGUCAGUCUCAGGGUGGUCUAAUAUCCAUUGCCCUCAACGCUGAUUGGUUUGAACCUGCUGAUGUCAACGUAGUCCGUGAAGUGGUAACUGCUGACCGGGCGAUGCAGUUCCAACUGGGAUGGUUUGCACAUCCUAUUUUUAAGAAUGGUGACUAUCCUGAUGCACUGAAAUGGCAAGUUGGGAACAAAAGCGAAAUCCAAGGUCUUCCACAGUCAAGACUUCCUUCCUUUACUGAAGAAGAAAAGAACUCCAUCAAGGGAACUGCUGACGUAUUCUGUGUAAAUCAUUACACUACAAAGAUUGUAAGCCAUGUUACAGCUCGGCUUCAGCCUCACUCCUACGAAUGGGACCGGGACAUGAGAGAAGCAGAGGAACCUGAUUCACCAACUACAGCCAUUCCUAACCAAAAAGCUGUGGCCUGGGGCUUGAGGAGACUCCUCAACUGGAUCAAGGAAGAGUAUGGUGAUCCAGAGAUUUAUAUUACUGAGAAUGGAGCAGCAGUAGAAUGGGAUGACUCCGAAAGAGUAAUGUUCUACAAGACCUAUAUCGAUGAGGCUCUCAAAGCCAAUAACCUUGAUGGUGUGCGGUUGCAAGGAUACACAGCAACAGCCUUUAUGGAUUCUUUUGAGUGGCUGCACGGGUACAAAUUUCUAUUUGGGCUGCACCACGUGGACUUCACCAACCCAGAUCGUCCAAGAACACCAAAGUACUCAGCUCAUUACUAUUACAACAUCAUAAAGAAUAAUGGCUUCCCCUUUCCAGAUGAUGAGAAGAUGCUUUAUGGUCACUUCCGUGAGGAUUUCAUGUGGAGCACUGCUUCAUCGGCCUACCAAAUUGAAGGAGGAUGGAGGGCAGAUGGAAAAGGUCUAAGCAUCUGGGACAAGUUCACUCACAGUCCUUCCAAAAUAUUAAAUGAUGACAAUGGGGACAUAGCCUGUGACAGUUACAAUAAAAUAGAAGAUGACAACCCCCCACCCCAACAACAACAAAAAAACAGAGCAUAUAGGCAGCAAAUGUGUCCAUGUUUGUCCCCAGGAAUCAGCUCAGGACCAGACACUCUUCCCUACAUUGUUGGUCACAACCUGAUUAAAGCUCACGCCGAGGCCUGGCAUCUCUACAAUGACAAGUACAGGGCCAAACAGAACGGCAUAGUCUCCAUCACAAUCAGCUCUGACUGGUCCGAACCCAGAAAUCCUUAUAGACAGGAGGACUAUGACGCUGCAAGACGUGUGGUGGAGUUCACUCUUGGCUGGUUUUCCCAUCCCAUAUUUAAUGGUGACUACAGUGAAAUUAUGAAGACAAGAAUAAGAGACCGAAGUCUAGCUGCUGGUCUACCACAGUCUCGGUUGCCUGAGUUUACUCAAGAGGAGAUUAAGAGAAUUAAGGGCACUCAUGACUUCUUUGGAUUGAACCACUACACAUCUGCCCUGGCAUUUCCUGUGGACCAUGGAAAUACUGCAAGCCUUGAGGCAGACAUUGGUGCGGCGACAGUUCCUGAUCCCACUUGGUUGGAUUCAGCCUCCGUCUGGCUAAAGGUUGCACCAUUUGGUAUCCGCAGAUUGCUGAACUUCAUCAAAAAUGAAUAUGGAAAUCCACCAAUUAUUGUCACUGAGAAUGGAGUCUCAGAGCAGGGACCUAUUGAUCUAAAUGAUGUUCACAGGAUCUACUACUAUGAACAGUACAUUAACCAGGUGUUGAAAGCUUACUUGCUCGAUGGUGUGGAUGUGCGUGGUUACACAGCGUGGUCACUGUUGGACAACCUAGAGUGGGCUGCUGGCUAUACAGAGAGAUUUGGCCUGUUCUACGUUAAUCGCUCAGACCCUAAUCUUCCUCGAGUGCCCAAGAACUCUGUUAACUUCUACACCAAAGUCAUAAAGUGCAACGGAUUCCCUGACCCUGACUCAGGACAUGAGUGCCUGAACCCGGAGUCUGGUGCAACAACUGCGCCAACAGCUGCACCACCAACAGCUGUUGUCAACAUUAACAGCGUGAAAUUCCUCAGUCUGGAUCUCUCCGCCGAUGAUGCUGAGACUGGACUUUACACCACAUUUGCUCUACUGAUUGUUGCAGUAUCGUGA